AUGUCAACUAAUAUCAAUCCAGAAUCUCUUCUGUCAGUACUCCUUUGGAAUGCAAAUGGUACAAUCCAACACACUAAUGGACUCCAAAUUAUACUUCAAUUAAGAAAAAUUGACAUAGCAUUAAUUACAGAAACCCAUCUAACACCCACUAAAAGUAUACGUAUACCCGGAUAUAUUUUAUAUCGAACAGACCAUCCCGAUGGUACUGCCCACGCAGGUACUGCAAUUUUAGUUUCAACAGAUAUCGAACAUAAUGUUCUCCCACAGUACCAACAAAACUUUCUACAAUCUACAAACAUACUAGUAAAACUAAACCACACCCCAGUCACAAUAUCAUCAGUAACCACUAAAAUCAAUCACCCCAGCAGAAAUUAAAAAUCAAAUAAACAAAAUACCUGAAAAUAGAGCUCCAGAGUACGACUUAAUAACAAAUAAAAUCUUAAAACAGCUCUCCCACAAAUCUAUACUCUUUAUCACAAUUAUAUAUAACGCAAUGUUAAGACUCUCAUAUUUCCCUCCAAUAUGGAAAUUUUCUGUCAUAAUAAUGAUACCUAAACCAGAUAAACCUUAACAUAGAGUUAACUCAUAUAGACCUAUUAGUCUUCUACCAACAUGUGGUAAAUUAUUUGAAAAACUGCUUUUAAAAAGACUGUCUCCAAUUGUUUCCGAAAAAAAAAUAAUACCAAAUACCCAAUUUGGUUUUAGGUCCUACCAUUCUACAAUCCACCAGGUUCAUAGAUUAACUGACUACAUUUCGUCAUCAUUAGAAACAAAACAAUACUGCCCAAGAGCCUUUCUCGAUGUAUCCCAGGCAUUUGACAGAGUGUGGCGCGAUGGCCUCCUAGUUAAAUCAAAACUUUUUUUACCCGCCCCUUACUAUCUUAUACUCAAAUCAUACUUAGAAGAGAGAUUUUUCGCAGUAAGACACGGAAAUUCGAUGUCAAACUACCACAAAAUUAUAGCAGGAGUUCCCCAAGGUAGCGAUCUUUCACCUAUUCUAUAUAAUAUAUUUACCUAUGACAUUCCACAAACCACAGAUACCAUUUUAGCUACCUACGCUGACGACACAGCAAUUCUAUCAUCAGACAAUGACCCCCAAAUUGCAACACAAAAAGUACAAAACCAUCUCAAUUUAAUUUCCUCAUGGACCAACCAAUGGAAAAUCAAACUAAAUCAAACUAAAUCAACACAGAUCAAUUUCACCCUAAACCGGAGAGAAUGCCCUCCCUUAGUACUAAAUAAUAACCCUUUACCAAACUCAAGCUCAAUAAAAUAUUUAGGAAUAACUAUUGACAAAAGACUCACAUGGAAAGAACAUACCACAAAGAAAAGAAAGCAAUGCAACGCGCGCCUUCAUCUUCUCCGCCCAAUUUUUAAAUCUAAACUUAGUUUAAAAAAUAAAAUUCUCAUAUACAAAGUUAUACUAACUCCCAUUUGGACAUACGGCAUCCAAAUAUGGGGACAGGCCAAGCUGUCUAACAUCCGCCCACUAGAAGCUUUCCAGUCAAUAAGUCUACGUGUAAUCACAGGGUGUCCAUGGUAUGUCACAAACCAAAACCUACAUAACGAUUUAAAUAUUCCAACACCAAAAAGAUUAGCCCAUCAAUACUAUAAAAUUUUUCACAACAAACUAUCAAAAAAUAAGAACCCUCUUAUCUCUCAAAUGUCCUCUCUAACUAUACCAGGAAACCCUAUCAGACGACUAAAAAGAAAAUGGCCUAGAGAAUCCUUAAACCAAUAAAUAAAAAAAA